UGCCUGCAAAAGUAGGAAAUUUGUUUUGCUAAAAAGAAAGAUAAAAAUGGUAAAGUGGGGAAUGAGACAAAUGACGAAUGUGUCGUCUCGCAUAUAAUUAGGCUUGCGUCUAUAAAUAAAACAUAUGAUAUUGGAAUUACAAUAAUAAAGAGAAAAAAGGGGUUUGCUUUAAAGUUUUAAAAGCAAAAGUAGUAGGUGGUUUGUUUUCGUGGGAUUGAAUCGCGCGUUCUAACUAGUCCAAGUACUGUGCGUGUGAACCUCAACUCCCUAGAAAUCUUAUAAAAAGAAGUGUAACGCCCAGACUCUUAGCAGAAUUAACCUAAGGAGUAAGGACUAAGUAAGGGGGAGAGAGAGAGAGAGAGAGAGAUGGAGUGGAGGUCGUGUUAUCUGGACAUGGUUUUGGUGCCACUAGGCUUUCUGAUGAGCAUAGCUUAUCAUUGCUGGUUAUGGCAUAAGGUUCGGACUCAGCCCCUUACUACCAUCAUCGGAACCAAUGCCAGUGGAAGACGCUUCUGGGUCUCCGCCAUGAUGAAGGACAACGACAAGAAGAACAUCCUGGCUGUCCAAACGCUUCGAAACACCAUAAUGGGAUCAACGUUAAUGGCUACAACGUCCAUCCUGCUGUGUGCUGGCCUAGCAGCCGUCAUCAGCAGCACUUACAGCGUCAAAAAGCCACUCAACGAUUCCAUUUUCGGAGCUCACGGGGAAUUCAUGGUGGCACUCAAAUAUGUCACAAUCCUAUGCAUUUUUCUCUUCUCCUUUUUCUGCCAUUCUUUAUCUAUCAGGUUCAUAAGCCAAGUGAACAUCCUUAUCAACACUCCCCAAGAACCCGCCUUCAUCGUCACUCCAGACUACGUGUCGGAGCUGCUGGAAAAGGGGUUCCUCUUGAACACUGUAGGCAACAGGCUCUUCUACGCUGCAUUGCCUCUCCUGCUAUGGAUCUUUGGCCCGGUGCUUGCGUUCUUGUGCUCCGUCACUAUGGUCCCUGUGCUUUACAACCUUGACUUUGUAUUUGCGUUUAGGAGUGGCAUCAAGCAGCAGGGGAAGGCAGAUCAAGUACUGAAUGGAUGUAGGGACUGCGAAUCAGUGUAA